AUGAUAACCUCCAACAGCCCAACCAUCCAGCCUAUACCGUCUAGUCCCCAAUGCUGCCCUUUGAGCCUCACUUCGCGGUUUACAGCCGUGGUCCCUAGUAGAACCUUUUUUGAAACGAGGCUCGAAAGGGAAAAGAUGAACUUGGUACCAACCAUGCCAUCAAGUGCGAGCAACAAACAAAGAUGCAGCUUUAGCCAAUCCUUGAGGCAUAAUGCCCCUUUUGACACCCCGACUCCUCCCAACCGUGGCACAGUGUUAUAUAUGUUGGCCACUCCGUCCAGGCUCCCCAGCUCCUGCGCGUCCCAAGCAAAAACCAAGAUCAGGGUAAAAGACAUGCAGAGAUUACCAAAACAAGAAAGCAAGUUUUUGAGAAAGACAAUGUCAGACUCGUACAGUAUGUAA